AUGUCGACAGCAUCUACCCAAUCCCGAGGAGUCAACCGACGGAUUAACAGCCUCCAGAAUGAGGGUCGUCAUUCGCGUAACUCCUCUAUAGCGCGGCGCCGCCCCCUAAACGCCAACGUGGCAUACAGUCAUGCCAUUCGGGUUGCCUACCUUGCCUAUCUCCUCCACCCUCGCUCUCGUCGCAUCCAAAAUGCCCCCGUCGCGCCGGCGCGGCCAAAACGAUCAGCCACCUCCAUUCAUGAUUUAAUGAGCGAUUUCUCCUUGGUCAGGGACUCGAAGAGCACCAGGGUUCCCCAUGGCUUCGUGUCCGAGCUGGAGAAGCGGUUGACGGGCGUGUUGAUGGGAAAGGAGAAAAGGAAGGAAUAUCAAGAUCACCUAGUGGUGCGGACAUUCGCUGUCUUUCUCAACGUUCUGAAGGAAGACUCGUUCCGAAAACGCAUGGAGAAGGACCGGCGAGCUGAAGAUCUGCUCCUGAUUUUCUACUCCAACGCAGUCAAAGAGCUAGGCAAGGGCAAAGAGCAUGACGAUGACAGCUGGAAGCUCAUGGUGGAUCGGCACGUUGCACUUUUUGUCCGACUCCUUGCGCUCACCUUGAAAGACCACGAAUGGUCAAAGGACCGCCCAGAGUUGGCCAAUCGAUUGACGGUGCUGGAAAACAAGCUUCUCCUGCAAGACCAGGACCUCAUGCAAACGAACGGGCCUACGUCUGCGACAGAAAGUGUUGGUACAUUGAGUUACAAUGUGAAGGAUAUGCCCCUGGUUCAACAUGUGGCCAAGAUCUUUGGGAUGACCACAUCCCAAGCACAAUCCGAAAUCGAUAAACACAAGUCUACCUGGACCGAAAAGGCCGCUCUGCAGGACCUAAAAACCUAUCAAGCCCACCUGAACCUCCAAACACAUAAAACCUUGUCUAGGGAAGAUUUUGAGUCUGACGAGGCCUAUGAUGCCUGGAAAAAGAGCGAAGGUCCUGAUCUCUCACAAAUGAUGCUCUCAAUCAUGCAAUCCAACCCGGAGCUGGCCAAAAGCACCCCCGGGUCUCUUCCUCAGUUCAAUUCAAGUCCCCAUGAGAACCCCGACCUGUCAAGGACAUCAUCUGGUCGGACUGACAGAACAUCUUAUGUCAUUGAUCAGCCUGUUGAUUUGAGUGGGCUGUCUCUAGAAGAGUCAGAUGAAUCCGAUACAUACACAUUUAUACCGUCUGACCCUAGGUCUUUGUACAAAUAUAUCUUGUCCCAGACCUUGACGCAUGAUCUGCGAGACCGGGAGCUUGAAGCUACACAGGCCACAUCUGACGUGCCUUCAAUGAAACUGCUCUCGAAACAGUCCACGGAAAUGCUUAAUGAGAUUUGUCUCCGCUGGCGGAUUCCAACCUUCUCCCGGGUCGUGUUGUUCCUUGAGGUGGCUCAAACUAAAUUUGUCGACAAUGAGAUUGAUCUCACUACACUCGACUCGGCGUUUACUUUCGUGAAGGAAAUGCCUACGGGCGAGAACCGCAAACGCAGUAGCUUUGCGGCUUCUGCUGUCCUUGAUCGGCAACGAUGGACCGUACAUGAUCUUCAGACGAUGCAAAUGCUGCUGUCCAAACUUCAUGAGGCUCUGCUCCGGGAGCUAUAUGAGGCUAUGAUGGACUGCUUUGAGGCAAAGCCGCGCCCACUCGGUCCAGUUAUGUACAUUCUCGACACCCACGUCCAGAUGGAUCCCAGCUACGUUGAGGACCCUGAAGACAUCAAUCGGUUUAGCACGUAUGUGCAAGAAGGACUUGCCGAAAAAGCAACAACAAAGUAUCAAAGCCUUCUUAGCCAACUAAUCCCCGUGGAACAAGAGGCCUGGGAUCCCGACCAUGUCAUUCAGCUUGGAGAUGCGAUCUCAAAGCUUGCGCUAAAGAUCCAGAAACGCUACCGCAAUAACCCGGAAAUUAUGGGUGUGAAUCCCUACACCACCUUGUGCCACAACGUACUCCCUAUGUUCGCCGAGGAUGCACAUGAAAUGAUCAUUAGGAUUCUCGACCAGGCAAAAGCCAGGGGUGAGGAGAUCGCUAUCGACGACGGCUUCGACCUAUACAAACAGCUUGCUACUAUCAGGCGGUUGUUCCAUAACACCCAUGAAGAUGCUCCAUUCCCAUUCCAUGUGGAGAGCCUCCUUCAAGACUUCGUCUGGAGAUGGCUUCGUCUGACUGAUCAAAAGAUCAUGGAUUGGGUCAGCCAAGCUACUAGACAAGAUGCAUUCGCCGUUCGUGCAGAUGGAACGACAGAGCUCGCGCCUGAAGAUGAUCGUCACAGUGUAUCAGUCAUUGAUAUUUUCCGAUCUUUCAACCAAGUGGUUGAGAAUAUGGUGCAACUGGAGUGGGACGAUGAUCUUCAAUAUGCGAAGUUCAUGACGCAUCUCUCUAAUUCAAUUGGGAAAGGUGUGGCAACGUAUUGUGACUCCUUAGAAAAGAUGUUCACGCGGGAGAUGGAUCGCCUCACACCCGAGCAAGAGGCAGCAUUGAACCAAACCACCCAGGAAAAACUGAUGCAAUUCGCGAAGGACACCUGGACGAAUAAGGAUAAAAUCGAGCCCUUCCAAUUCUCGUCAGAGUCCCUGGUGAAACUGAACAAUAUUGAGUAUGCACUUGCUCAGCUCGACAAACUCGAAAAGGAUAUCAACGUCGAUGCAUGCGCCGAAGUCAUUGCAAGAAAUACUCCACCGCAGCUCAAGAAGGUCCGCAAGUCUACCACCUAUGUCUUUACAAUCAAGGUAGUGGAGGCAGAGGACUUGAAAGCAUGCGACAUUGGCGGUGGCAGCGAUCCAUAUGUCGUCUUGACGGACGAAUAUCAGAAACGAAUUGCCAAAACCCGCAUCAUCUACAAUAAUCUCAAUCCCCGAUGGGAGGAUGCAGUGGAUCUCACAACACAGGGCCCUCUGAAUAUCAUCGCUACCAUCUGGGACUGGGAUGCAGUGGGCGAUCACGACUACGUUGGUCGCACGUCGAUCAAGCUGGAUCCUGUGCACUUUAGUGACUUCUUGCCAAGAGAGUAUUGGCUCGACCUGGAUACCCAGGGUCGGCUUCUACUCCGAGUUAGUAUGGAAGGCGAGCGAGACGACAUCCAGUUCUACUUCGGCAAGGCUUUCCGUACACUCAAGCGAACUGAAAGGGAUAUGACUCGGAAGAUCACAGAGAAGCUUUCGGCAUACAUCAGUCACUGUCUUUCCAGGCGGACACUGAAGUCUCUGCUCUCUCGAGGACUCACCAACCCUGCCGGACCCACCCCGGCAGACGUCGAAAAUGCACUGACUCCUUUGUUCAAUUACUUCAAUGACAACUUCGCAAUCAUGAACAAAACCCUCACACCCGAAGCCAUGAAGAUGGUGAUGGCUCGCCUGUGGAAGGAAGUGCUUGCCACCAUCGAGAGUCUACUCGUACCACCUCUGUCGGAUAAGCCGUCCCAUCAGAAGCCAUUAACCAUCCAAGAAGUCGACAUCGUAUCACGCUGGCUCGUGCUACUAUUGAACUUCUUCCAUGCGAUUGACGACGAAACCGGCGAAGCAAACGGCGUCCCAAUCGAUAUCCUGAAAUCACCCAAAUACCACGAAAUCCAGUCUCUGAAUUUCUUCUACUUCGAACCAACGGAGCAUCUCAUCCGCACCUCCGAACGCAUGGCCUCGGCGACUGUCAACCGCCAACAAGCGGCCCGCAACCGCACUUCUGCGCCUGCGCACCUGGGCGCCACAGGUGCCGGCUACGGCGGCUUGGGACUUCCGGCUGCCCGUCGCGCCAAGAGCAUCAUGCUCUCCCGCAACCUGGGCACGAUGAGGAAGGCCAAGGAAGAGAAGCGACGGGAGGCGCAGGCUGAUCCUAACGACGAUAUGAUCCUGCGCAUUCUUCGCAUGCGCCCGAAGCUGCCGGUUAUCUACGGGACCAGCCUGAUGGCUGGUGCGGGAAGCCGCAUGAGCGGUAUCAUCCCUCGCGGCAGGUGA